AUGGAAAAAGCCAAUAGGACAAGCCUCGCGGAAGGCUUCAUUCUCCUUGGGCUCUCAACUCAUCCAAGACUAGAAAAAAUGUUCUUUGUGCUCAUCCUGCUGAUGUACCUGGUGAUCCUGCUGGGCAACGGGGUCCUCAUCCUGGUCACCAUCUUUGACUUCCGCCUGCACACACCCAUGUACUUCUUCCUGGGGAACCUCUCCUUCCUGGACAUCUGCUACACCACCUCCUCUGUGCCCCUUGUACUCGACAGCUUCCUCACCCCCAGGAAAGCCAUCUCCUUCUCAGCCUGUGCUGUGCAGAUGCUACUUUCCUUCGCCAUGGCAGGGACAGAGUGUGUGCUCCUGGGCAUGAUGGCGUUUGAUCGCUAUGUGGCCAUCUGCAACCCCCUCAGGUACCCUGUGAUCAUGAGUAAGGCUGUGUAUGUGCCCAUGGCUGCCAGCUCCUGGGCUAUUGGUGGUGCAGCUUCUGUGGUGCACACUUCCUUAACCAUUAGGCUGCCCUUCUGUGGGGACAAUGUCAUCAACCACUUCACCUGUGAGAUCCUGGCUGUCCUGAAGUUGGCCUGUGCUGACAUCACCAUCAAUGUCAUCAGUAUGGUUGUGGCCAAUGUCAUAUUCCUCGCAGUCCCAGUGCUGUUCAUUUUUGUCUCCUAUGUGUUCAUCAUUGCCACUAUCCUGAAGAUCCCUUCAGCUGAGGGCAGGAAAAAGGCCUUUUCCACCUGCUCUGCCCACCUCACUGUGGUGGUCAUCUUCUAUGGCACCUUAUUUUUCAUGUAUGCGAAGCCCAAGUCUAAGGACUCGCUAGAGGAAGGCAAGGAGGACAUUUCAGACAAACUCACCUCCCUCUUCUAUGGGGUGGUCACCCCCAUGCUCAACCCCAUCAUCUACAGCCUCAGAAACAAGGAUGUGAAGGCUGCCGUGAGGAAUCUGGUUUUUCAGAAACACUUCCUCAAGUGAUAGUGGAAAGAACUCAGUGUCUCUGACCUCUGACUAC